AUCAACGCUCGCUACUGUGUAGUCAUGGGCGUUCAAACUGGACAAUGACUUGGACUGACAAGAAGAAUAUGAUGUAAAAUGGACUAGACUGAAAUGAGGCCACCGACUAAGCGGAGUGUCGAAGAAAUGUCCAAUCUAAUCUUUCCCGGCGUUUUGGAUAUAGACGGAAUCACCUCUCUGGGAUAACGGUGCCGGGUAUUAGUGAUUUGUAAUAUAGUAGUUUGUUGUGGCCUACCCUGUUGGAAGACUGCUAUUUUUUCCCAUUAUGUUGUAGGCAUUAUGUGUAUUCAUCAUUUUCCAAGGUGCUGAAUUUAUCCUCAAUGUUGUAGGCCUAGUAUAAUGUUUUUAAUGUUGGCUGCCAAUUCACUCCUUUUCUAGUUUUGAUAAUUAUUGUCCAGUUUCAGUAUUCAAGUGAUUUACUUGACUUAACCUGCAUCUUAUAGAUCAUUGUGAUUUUUCUAAAAUGCCAAUAACAAUAUCGAUCAGAUAGUGAUUUGACUAUUGAUGUAGCCAAAAUUCCAUUUAAUCUCGGAUUUUGCAAGCAUUUGUUAAUGUUUUUGAAGUUGAACUCAUCUGACAUAACUUAAGUGGACAAUUGUAACAACAUAUGGAACAUAUGAUUUUAAUAUCAGUGUGCCAUUUUGUUCAUGAGAGGCACAGUAUUUGAAUUUGGAGACUAAUAGGCUACAGCCUGCAGUUUUUCAAAGUUCUACAUAUCCAGCAUGUCAUGAAUUGCUCAUGUUUCUCACCUGCUGUCGGAGUGUUACAUGCUGAGAAACUGCAAUCAGAUUGACAGUUAAAGGGCGAGGCUGUAAGCCAUCUGUGCCAGCCGGGAUGCUGAGGACCACAAGGGGGUGUGUGGGGGUGGAGGAGAGAGAUGAGGAGCAGGAGGAUGAAGGUGAAGAGGACUUGCGGGAUGGAGGUGUGCCCUUCUUCGUGAACAGGGGAGGCCUACCGGUGGAUGAGGAGACUUGGGAGCAGAUGUGGAGGCAUGUGGCCCGGAUUCACCCUAAUGGCGAGGCCAUAGGGAAACGCAUCCGGGGAGCCAGUGAUCUGCCUAAGAUUCCAACACUGAGUGUGCCUACAUACCAGCCAACCACCAGUAUCCCACAGCGCCUGGAAGUCAUACAGAAAUACAUCAGGGACUUGCAGUACAAUCACACGGGAACACAGUUUUUUGAAAUCAAGAAGAGCAGGCCUCUUACUGCGUUGAUGGACAUCGCCAAGGAGAUGAUGCGGGAGUCACUACCAAUCAAGUGUCUGGAGGCAGUGAUCCUUGGAAUUUACCUCAGCAACAGCAUGCCGGGUGUGGAGCGCUUCCCCCUCAGCUUUAAGACGCAGUUCUCAGGGAACCACUUCUGCCACAUUGUGCUGGGGAUGCACAGCGGUGGCCGCUCGGGGCUGGGCAUCAGCCGUCGGGAGGACCUCAUGUUCAAACCCCUGGAGUUCCGCACGCUGGCUGACCUGGUGCAGGAGUUUGAGGGGGCCUACAGGAGCUACUGGCAUACCCUGAGCAAGGUGAAGAUUGGUCAGUAUGUGUCCCAUGACCCCCACAGUGUGGAACAGAUCGACUGGAAACACUCCAUAAUAGAUGUGGACAAACUGACCAAGGAGGAGCUGCGGAGAGAGCUGGAGAGACACACCCGGGACAUGAGGCUGAAGAUUGGGAAGGCAGCACCCCCUUCACCCACCAAAGACAGGAAGAGUAACAUGGGCUCGCCCCUCCGUAACCCAGGCAGCCCCAUGCGCAGGAACAGCCGCAUCGAGAGACGUCCAUCUGGAGAGAAGAAAGUUCUUGAUCCGAAGCCACCUCCGGACAUGAAUGGAUAUCAGAUUCGAGUGUGAGGAGGAUUUCACUUCAUAAAAUCAUCCUGCAAAACAAGACCUUAGAAUGGUUGGGUUCUGUCCAACAAAAGGUUAGUUCUGGGGAAUGGGGCUUUUGUGUUCAGAUUUCCAAAUAGGUUUGUACUGUGUAAGCAAUUUAUUUUGGGUAUUUUGCAUUCAACAAACAUGAGGUAUACUGUACAGAGCAUGGCCAUGUCAAUAACUGAUUAAUGACUAAAUGUAUGUUCAUUUAGUCAAUAAUUGGGGAUAUCAAACACUCGUUUUACACCAGGGGAUAUCAAACACUUGUGUAUGCCUGCGGAUCAAUUCCGCAGACCUACACAUUUUUUUCUUCUUUUUUUUCUCAGUGGCGUCUCAACUUACUGUUGAGAGUUAGAAUAGUAGAAUACAC